GAUAUAAAAGGGCAUGUAGUAUUUGUUACGGCAGAAUAAGAUAUGGAUAACGCAUGACAAUAUGGGGAUGUUCGUUACAAUUGUAGUAGCAUGUAUAUUUUCAAAACUGAAUUAUGUCUCAACUUCAGGCUGCACGAAUUCGCCUAUGGAUAUUGUUUUGUUACUAGACUCAUCCGACGGUCAAACUCAUUUCGAUGAGGAAAAACAGUUCUCCUCAAGAUUGAUAAAUGACUUAUGGGAUGGAAGCAACCGCUUUGGUAUGAUAACAUUUGGAAGUACUCCCAAUAUACAGUUCGAUUUAGAAACAUACCAAUCUGUUUCUGAAACUCAGCUUGCAGUGGAAUAUAUUUGGCAAAGCAGUGGAAAAGCUGAGGUUGGCAAGGCACUCGACUACAGUAUAAACCAUGGUUUUCAAGAGAUAAAUGGUGGAAGGCGUCUGGCACCAGAUGUAGUGCUCCUAAUUACAUCAUCUGACAUAUAUGACAAGUCAUAUAUUCAAAAUAUUUCUUUGGCAGCAGCGUCAACAGGAUCACAGCUUUAUGUCGUUUUAGUUGGGUAUCACAUCAGCACAUUUUGGUAUGAAAAACUAACUACCAAAGAAAAAAUCAUUAAGGUUGCUUCUGAAACGAAUAGUCUAAUGAAAGAACUCGGCAAUGUUAAAAGUUCUAUUUGUAAAGGAAGAGGCAUAUUAAGAGAAUGGUCUGAAUGGACUGUGUGUGGAUCUCUCUGUGGACCUGGGUUGAGGAGGCGUUUCAGAAAAUGUGAAAAAAGGAAACCUAUUGAUAUAGACUGUGAUGGAGAAUUGAUGCACGAAGAGCGCUGUUUCAAUACACCGUGUACUAAGCCCGUAGACGGUUCUUGGUCAUUUUGGGAUGAUUGGACAGACUGCUCUAAAACCUGUGGAAAUGGUACCCAGAUAAAGACUCGAACAUGUACUGCCCCGUUUCCAGAGAACGGUGGCAAAACAUGUCCAGGUAACUCGAAGAAGAGUAAAUCAUGCGCAGAAUGGCCAUGCCCAGACUGUAGUAGGACUUGCCCUCCUGGUACUAAGUUAUCUUUAUCAUGCGAUGUAUGUACAGCUACUGGUAUUGUGUUAUUUGGAUAUGUGAGAUCGUUUUUGAACAGGACAAUAGAAGGUGCACAGAUUUUUGUAAAAUCAAAAAUGUACGAGUCAUUAACAACAUCAGAUGAGUAUGGCUUCUUCAGUGUUCAUGGAGUAUAUGUUGCAGAUGAAAGUAUUGCAAUAAGGAGGAAAGGUUACUCCGGCGUUGAUGGGAAAGCAAAGCAGGUUAAUCAAACCCACUGGGUUUUCAAUUCAACAAUGUUGGAAGAAGUUGCACCGCUUUUUCUUUUACAUCCUACGAGUAAAAAGCGUCUUGUUGGCCAAAGUGUUUCAAUAUGCUGUAGAGCCACCGGGCAACCUCCGCCAGCGAUAUAUACAUGGUACAAAGGUCUAGAGUCUCUUGGUACACGAGGUUUGAACGGCACACUCGUAUUCAGAAGCGUAAGUUUGUCCGACAAAGGAGAAUAUUAUUGCUCGACUGAAACAGAUGCAGGGUCAUCAACGUCAAAUAAAGCUACGUUAACAGUGUCAAUUGGCGCAACUGAUACAUGUGAAAGGCCAAAGCCGUUGUAUGAAGCGCUUCCAGAUGGUUGCUACGUUAAAGAUGACAUGAGCAAAAAUUCCACAAUUAAUGUUGGUACAUGCGGACAAGAUUCAUGUGUAACAAAAAGCCUCGCUGACAAUUUUACAUGUACAGAAUGGUGGCCGCAUUAUUGCUGUGAUUCUAAUGCCGAUGCCUCAGUUGAUGUACAAUGUGAUGGCUUUCAGUACAAGGCUUCUAUAGUUUCUUCUUGUACAUGUCGAAAAUGUUAUAAGAAAACAGUCAUAACAGGAAACGCGUUUGGGCGCGCAGAAAACGGCUCUAUCUUGCCUUUAAAGUUUGGAACAAUUUAUGUUUAUGGAAAACAGAAGGCCAUGACCAACAUUGUGGGGUAUUUUUCUUUUGAAAUUCCAUUUGACUUUGAAAAAAUAAUUGUUCGAUUCGCAGAUAACAUAUAUAAAACCUUUAUUGACACAACAAAAAACAUAGAACUUGAGCCCGGAAAAAGCACAUCAAUCAGUAUAGCCUUGCCACUUCGUCCGAAGAAAAUCGAAUUCCGAUCUGAUUCGGAGUUUGCAGUCCAAGUCGGGUCCUCUAAGGGCCUGAAAUCUCCAGGUGGUAUAACAAUUCCAAGGAACUCCCUAUCUACAGUUGAUGGUGUACCAUACAUAGGUAAAGCUAAUGCUCAAGUUCAUUUCAUGGACCCCAGAAUCCUUGAGGACUUUGAGGCAUCCAGUGGUGAAUUUUCGUUUCAAGAAGAAGGGGAAAAUUGUCCGUUAGAAACAUAUGGAGUUAUAAAAACCAAUUUUGAGGAUGAUAAAGAAAACCAAUUGAUCUUGAAUAAACCCAUACAAUUUGAAAUAGACCCUACAGUUAUGAACAUUUCCAACAGUAAUUCAGGGGACUCAAAUGUUGAAUUAUGGAAAUUUGAUGAAAAUACUGGCACAUGGAAAUCUGUUGACAAAAUGAAGUCAAAAGUAACCCCAUUCAGAAGACGUCUUCUUGAUCAAAUGUAUGUUGGGUCAGAUACGAGUGGUCAAUAUGUUCCGCCGAUUGAGCUAGAACACCCUGCUGAAUAUGCGACAAAAACCGUACUCGAUUAUACUAAAGAGGUCAAACGGGUGAUAUAUUAUAAAAACUAUUACAGAUCUUGGUGGUGGAGAACGUAUAACAUUGAUAGUCGAGUAAUAACAAAUAAAAUCCAAAUUUAUAAGACAGUCACAACAAUUUCAAGAGCAUAUUCAGUCGAGAGGGGGGCAUGUUUUGUAAGAGUCACUGUAUUUUCAGAUUUAAGCGGAAACACCAUUGCAAAAGACAUGGUAUCCGUAACUGCAGUUACGAAAGAUAUCUUAAAAGAUAAAUAUAAAGGUUUUGAAACACAACCAAUAAAGAAUGGACGUAAAUGUUUAAAGAUAUUUUGUGAUUCUGAAGUUUACUUGUAUGCAGAGAAAGCUGGAUCGCGACUCAUUGCAUUUCCAAAACACGAUCUACCGUAUGGAUAUAAUUCAACUAAUAUUAAAAACUCAACAGAAGUUGUUCUUAAUUCAAGAAAUUUUGAAACUGUUGGCGGUAGAAAUGGGCCUGUUUACUAUUUUGAAGACGAAAAAGAAUGCACUAAUUCACCAGAUAGCUUUGAAUUUCGUUUUGGUAUGCGUUUUGGCAAAGACCCGAAAUUAAAUCUUCAAGUAUCAGAGAAUAUUUAUGACAAGAAACAGUCAUGGCAUCCUGUUCCUCCAGACAACGAUAACACAUUACAAGUGUGUUAUUUAAAGGUUAUGCUGAAGAUACAAGGACAUUUUGACAUUCGUUUAAUUGGAAUUAGUCGUAAAGAAAAUGCUUCAGGAGAACAGUACGGGAUGUACAACGUCGCCCCACAACCAGAUAAAACAUAUUCAACAUUAGAUGAAAGGGCUGCAUGUGUUGAAUUCCGAUGUCCUGGAAUUGUUAACGAUGCUGGUAAAAUCACGAAAAACGUAGCAACACAUCUUGAGGUUAGACUUAAUCCAAAGCCAAAAAUACCCUGUCGAAUCAGACCAUUGAAUAAGAACAUUUCAAUCACUGAAAUUACAUCUGGCUAUGGAUUUGAUUUUCUUGCUGAGGCUGAAGAUAGUUACGGCCCAAAAUACGGGGUUUAUAUUUACCAGAGCAGUAAAACUAAUGCACAAAACUUCUGCUUUCAAGGAACAAACUCUGGAUCGUUUGGUAACGGCAUGUUACCUUCUGUUAAUGCAGCUGUUGAAAUUGAUUGUUUAUAAAAUCAAAACUAUUAAUCAGUAUCUUUAUAUUCCAUUUAUAUAUGAAGCAAUUUUAUAUCGUAACCAUUAAGUCAAUAUGGCACAUACUUAUUUUAUACGUUACGCCAUUGUCAUUGUUGUUUGAAGUUAUUCCUUUUCAUAUGGUAAGACUUUGUUUAUUAAAACAAAUGCGUAGUUUUAUACAUGUUAGUAUGUUACAGGCUUUUAUACAAGCAUACACUAAAAUUCUUUUAAACCUCUACCAAACAUGCAUUAUUUCAACACACAACUAAAUAAAUGAUGGUCAGUAGAUAAAGAAAAGGCAUGUUAAUUAAUUCAAACUAUACAAGGUUCUUAAAAGAAAGUUUCUUUUUAACAUGACUGAUCGAUUUUCACGGAUUGAGAAGAUGAAAAGUUGAAAAUACUUAAAUGUCUUUAAGUAAUUUAUCAUGAAAAUAUUUCUUUGAUAAUUUAAAUCUUUUUAAUGGACAUUUUGAAGUCAUUAAAAUAUUUAUUAAUACAUGGUUUAUUUGGCGAUUACCAAAUGUCUUGAAAGUGUUAUGGUGCAUAAAGAAAUUAAUUGUUUUUUGUGGUCAACAUGAUAAAAACUUGCGAUGAAUGUUUUAUAAUUUUGAUUGAA